GUCAACAGUUAGACCCCUAAUCCCUAAGACAUUAAGUCCGGCUGCACAUAUUUUUGUGGCCACAAUGGCACACAUAACAGAUGUUCCUGAAGAAAUACUGUUCAUGAUUGUGAAACUACUAGAUCUCCCAGCUCAGCAGAAUUUGUAUAACACUAGCCAGUAUUUUAGAUAUCUACUUUCUAACUGUGGGAUCUCACAAUGCAGUAUGUCUAUGAACAAAAUGGCUACUGUGAAUGUAUUGAAAAGGAAUUUCUUCAAAACAAUUUCAGCAAACCUGUUAGAGCUAAACAUGCAAGGUGUUCCUGACUUAAACUCAAUAAAAUUAAUUUUGCCAGCUUUUAAAAGAUUAAAGCGCCUGAAGACAUUGGAUAUUUCAUACACAAAUCUAAAUAUUCCCGACUUACUAGAAAUAGUAAAAGUGUGUCCCAGUUUGAAGGAUGUUACUGUAAACUUUGUGUUUGGAAGGUCUCCAAUUAUUCGAAUUGAUGAAAAGACUUUAACAGAGUAUCAGGAUUUGUUCAGUCACUUUGAAAAUGUUCAUUUUGUUGGAUCAUUAACUAAUUUAUUAUUAUCUCGAACAGUUGCUUAUAUGUUGGAGAAAGCAAAGUUAGAUACAAUAAAACUGAGUGCUGUUGAGUUUGAUCACAUGAACACGUCACUUGUAGAAAGAUUUACAGCCUGUGUUGGUCCAAGCUUCAAUCAUUUAGCACUCUUCUUGGUAGAUUGGAGAGCUAAAAGGACAUAUGACUUUCUCAGAAAUUUCCCUGUUAUUGCAGCAUUAGAUUUGAAAGAUUAUGAAUUUUUUGUAAUAUCUACAGUGCAUAUUCAUGAUGUAUCUGUUAGUGCUUCACCGAAAUUAUGUGAAUUUUUCACAAAACAUUUUAAUGUUAAAGUAGAAACAGUUACGGAUUAUACCAGGAAUCUUGUAGGUAAUGUUGCCUUAAUGAUAUGGAAAAGAGAAACAACAGAGUUUGAUGAUAUAUUUUUUAAUAGAUUGUAUAAACGAGUCAAGCCAUUCUUUCCUUUUUAUUAUAAGGAACCAAGUCAAGCAAUCUGUCCACCCAAUUAUGACUGGAUCUUCACAGAGCCAACGCCAUGUCUUAUUGAUAUGGGAGAACCUUCUUCAAAGGAGGGUAAAAGAAGGAAAACAUUAGUUCCCACUGUAGUGCUAGAUUUUGACCAUGUAUUGUUACAUAAAUCCAAGGCCCAACUUAGUAUAGCUUUUAAAUUUCAAACAUUGUCUGCAAUAUUGCUACCAACAUAUGCUGAUUAUUUUCAGAAAAUAACAUUUUUUAGUAUAAGUGGUGGAGCUGUAAAUUAUCAUUCUGAAUUCUUUUCAAUAUUGUUCCAGAAUUUCUAUAAUUUAGCUACUUUGUCAGUGGAAUGUCCUAAUCUUGCAUCACGAGGGUAUUACCAUGCUAUAUGUCGUGCUAUAAAAACUAGCAAAUCCUUAAAAAAUUUACGUAUUGUAGAUAAGGGAAUGGAUUUUAAAACCAUAUUUGAUUCACUCAGUGAGUGUAAAACUUUAGAAAAUAUUAAUUUAGUUGAUCUAAAACAAUGGGAUCAUAAUAAAAUUGCAGAUCCAGACAACUUAGUUAAAUGUUGUACUAAGUUAAACAGUAUUUUUAUAGAAGCAUUAUUUGAUGCCACAUCAUUAAAAAAACAGUUGCAGUUGUUUAAUAAAGCCAGAUCAACAAGAAAGAGGCCACAUCUUAAAGUUGCAGUUAACUUUGAGGUCCAGCCUUUCCCAUUUAAGUACAAUUUUGAUCCAUUCCUGGAAGUGUUUCAAAUAAAUCCAAUAAAACCAACAUAAAUAUUUUUUUCUGGUUUAAUAGCAAACUCACUUAACUUCAUGAUUCAAUCACAAUCAUAUUUUAUAAUCUUUAAAUAAAUAAAUAGAUAAUGAAUACUGCAAGUAAACCAGUAAAUUGGCCGACAGUGGCAAGCCCCCCAUAUUUCAUAUACCUACUUAGUUUUAUUUUAACCACUGAGAUUCCCGUUACUGUAUCUGGAAACAUAUCUUUAGUAUUUUACAAUAUUUUGUAAUAUGUACACAGAUUGAAUCAUAGGCACCUAAUAAAUAGUAAUAUUACUUAUAUUUAACAAUUUUAUAAAUCCUGUUCAGUUUUGUGUCCAGGCAUAAAUUUUACGAAUGAUAAUGAUAACAUGCCGAGGACUGCACUUCCACCACAAGCAUAUGUUAAGACUGCCCUGUAGUAUUGUGGACAAUUUAACUCAUUGUCGCAUUUGCUGAAACAGAAAACAAUAUUGUCAUUAAAACCUCUAUCGAAAUAGAAUCUUAAAGUAUUAAUCAGUAAUUAAUGUACAGACUUGGAAAAA